AUGACUUCGGAUUCAGUUGCACACGGGAUCAGCGUAGCUGUAGUAAAGUUUAACCAUUUACAAACGAAUGAAACUCAACGCACAAUAUCAAUAGAUCCAUUAAAAGGCAAUCCUAGACCACUCGAAUUUCGGUUCACAUCCCUAUCGUAUAUUUCUGGUUGGUGGUGUGUUAAAAUGUUUGAAACUACAGCAUCUUGGCACGACAAUUAUCUGUGUACUAAUCGUGACAUCGAUUUACAUUGGAUAUGGGACAAUCGUGCAUGUCGCCGUGAUCUAAAGUGUGUGGCUACUGCGGAGCCUGCAGACAGUCGAUGGAAUGAUAAUCAAUUAUGCGUUCCAACAAAGUCAAACGUUGAACUUAUGUGGUCGUACUGUGGAGCAUUGAAUUCUAUAAAUUUUAUUCAAUUGUAUGAUCCUGCUGCACCAGGAUCAGGGUUGCCACCUCAUCAGGUCAGAAAAGCGGAAAGUUUGAUCAAAAAGAGCGGGAAAUAG